AGAUAUCACACGUUAUAUUAGAUUUUUCUAAGAAAAAAGUGUAAACCAUGAAGAAUAUUUUGAGUUUUUGGUUCGUUCUGCUGUGUUUAUCGCUGGUUUCGGCCAAGGAAGAUGAACGUGAAUUAACACAACGAAGCAGCGGCCUCGUAAAGCGAACAACAAAUCCAUCCUCUUGUACAGGACCUCAAGGAUUGCCAGGUCGUGAUGGAAAGGAUGGUAAAGACGGCAGAGAUGGCAGAGAUGCCUCGCUACGCGGUGAACGCGGAAGAAAAGGUGCUCCAGGACCACAAGGCCCCCCGGGGCCACCAGGAAACGCCUCUGGAGGUGUGGUUUACACCAGAUGGGGACGAAAACAUUGCCCUUCGAAAAGCAUCGAGAUGUAUUCUGGUGUGAUGGGAGGAUCAUAUUACAAUGAUGCUGGUGGAGCUUCAAACUACCUCUGUCUACCUUUGAAUCCGAUUUUUGAAAAAUACGUCGAUGGGAUCCAAGCGUCAACGUAUAUGCACGGCGUCGAGUAUCACAUUCAUGGUGGACAAAACCAAAUAUUUCCAAACACAAAUAUUCACGAUGACAACGCACCAUGCGCAGUGUGCCUAGCUAAAUCACGUGCUAGUCACAUGAUGAUCCCAGCUCGUAACGUGUGUCCUUCUGGUUGGACAAUGGAGUACAAAGGUUACCUCAUGGCAGAACGUUUUAAUCACAAACGAACCCAGUUCAUUUGUGUUGAUGGUGAUCCCGAGGCAACACAUGGAUCACACGCUGAUACGAAUGGAGCAUUGCUUUAUUUUGUUGAAGGUUAUUGUGGUCAUUCCCUACCAUGUCCACCCUACGUUCAUGGCAGAGAGCUGACCUGUGUCGUCUGUACACAGUAACUAAACCUACAAGGAUUUUUCAUCACUUGACUAACAUUUAACGACACUAAUUUAGUAUCAUCAAAGCUGCACAGUUAACCUCAUAAUAACCAUUUGCAACAAUGAGACAAUAUUAGCACCAAAAGCACCUUCUUUUCUACAAAAUAUAUCGCAUUUAAUAGCAUAUUUUCACAAUCACCGUAAUAGUUUCUGUCGCAAUAAAAAUAGUCAACACGAUAGUUGUUUAGGCGUUAAACGCAAGAGAACCGAUUUGAUGUGAAAGAUGCAGUGGACGGAAAUACAUCUCUUCCAAUCACAUAUAAUGUAAUA